GUUGAAUGUCUUCAGCACUAAGAUAACAGUCCUGUAUGGCAGUUUAGCUCCAGUAUGUCAGAGGAGCGAGGAAAGGGCUCUCCAUCUGAGACGAGUGUCUCAGUGGAACAGGGGGAAGGAUCAGACUCUGAGGUUUCCAGCUCUGAGUCUGUAAAGAGUGAUCAGUUGAAAGUUGAUGUACCACUUUUCAAUGAAGAAACAGCUAUCAAAAGUGAAAAAUCGGACCUACAUGUGUCCUUCAGUGAUGAAACACCAUCACAUGCUAAAAGUGAAAGAUCUGGUUCACUUGUGUCCAGUUCUGUGUCUAUGAAAAGUGACCAUUCAAAAGGUGAUGGACCAAACUUCAGUGAGAAAACUCCAUCAUCAUCUAAAAGUGUAAGAUCAGGCUCACAUGUAUCCAGCUCUGUGUCUGUGAAGAGUGACCAUUCAAAAGGAGACGGACCGAACAUCCGUAAGGAAACACCAUGUAACAAAAGUGUAAGAUCAGGUUCACAUGUGUCCAGCAAUGUGUCUGUGGAGAGUGACCAUUCAAAAGGUGGUGGACCGAACUUUAGUGAGAAAAAAACAUCACCUUCAAUAAGUGUAAGAUCAGGUUCUCAUGUGCCCAGCUCUGUGUCUGUGAAGAGUGACCAUUCAAAAGGUCACGGACCAAACUUCAGUGAGAAAAGACCAUGUAACAAAAAUGAAAGAUCUGAAUCUCAUGUGUCCAGCUCUGUGUUUAUGAAGAGUGACAAUUCAAAGGGAGAUAGACCAAACUUCAAUGAGAAAACACCAUCACCUCCCAAAAGUAACAAAGGACAGAAGACCACAGUAAAUAUUGGUGCAGAAAUUACACGGUGGGAAGCUCUGAAAGCACAGAAGCGACUGAAGAGUGAUGUGGAACUGGCAACUUUUCUUCUCAACAGGGUUCAGUUUGAGAAAUCAGACUCAAACUACAAGAUUUACCACAACCGCAAGAAUUUCAGUGAAAAUCUCCUCUGGAUCUUCAAGGAUCUUGAGACCAAAAUAACUGUAUUUUUGAAGAAUGAGCUGGAAAAGUUUAAGACAAUAUUAAAAAGAGAGAACACACAAUACUUUGUGCAGGACUUUAUAGAGGAGAUGCGUGAUAUCAAAGAAGCGGCUCUUGAUAUCACACUCUUCUUUCUGAGAGAUAUGAAGCAAGUUGAAGUUGCAGAUGCUCUACAAGAUGAGCUGGUCCUCUUUCAUCAGCGACCACUAAAAUCAAACCUGAAGAAGAAAUAUCAGUCUGUAUCUGAAGGAAUUGCAAAGCAUGGUGACUCCAAGCUUCUGAAGAACAUCUACACAGAUCUCUAUAUGACUCUGAGUGUUAGUAAACAAGUCAAUAUCCAACAUGAAGUAAGACAAGUUCAGGCUGCUGAUAGGCGACAUGAAUCACAAGAGAUUCCAGUUGAAUGCAAAAAUUUAUUUAAAGCACCUGAACAAGGAAAAAAGAUUAGAACUGUGCUGACAAAAGGAGUUGCUGGCAUCGGAAAAUCAGUCUCUGUGCAAAAGUUUAUUUUGGAUUGGGCUGACGCUAAAGAAAAUGAGGAUAUUACUUUCAUAUUUCCUCUUGCAUUUCGAGAAAUGAACUUAAAGGAGAAAGAAACACAAAGCUUGACAAGACUUAUACGUCAGUUUUUCGCAGAGAUAAAAGGACUCAACCUUGCAAGAAAUGAUAAAUUUAAAUUACUCUUCAUCCUUGAUGGUUUGGAUGAAUGUCGUCUUCCUCUGAACUUUGAGGGUAAUGAGACUUGUCGUGAUGUAACAUCACAAGUCUCUCUGGAUGUUCUCCUCAAAGUCAUCAAGGGAAAUCUGCUUCCUUCUGCUCUCAUCUGGAUCACCACUAGACCAGCAGCUGCCAUUAAAAUUCCUCCUGAAUGUAUUGACCGCGUGACAGAAGUACAAGGAUUCAAUGAUGCACAAAAGGAGGAGUACUUCAGAAAAAGAUUGAAAGAUGAGAAUCAAGCCAAAGAAAUCAUUGAUCUUGUUAAACAAUCUAAGAGUCUCUUUAUCAUGUGCUACAUCCCAGUCUUCUGCUGGAUUACAGCCACUGUUCUCCAGAACAUUUUAGAGGAGAAAAGAAAUAAUGAUCUGAAAAACAAUCAGGCUGAUGACGUCUCCAAAACACUGCAGGAAUCAAAUGCUGAAGACACUCCCAAGACUCUGACACAAAUGUACACACACUUUCUCCACUUUCAGAUGCUUCAGAGCAGACGAAAGUAUGAUGGGCAAUACACACCAGAUGUUUCCUGGGAUAAUGAUGCCAUGCUUUCACUAGGGAGACUGGCAUUUCACCAGUUGGAAAGAAACAAUCUGCUCUUUUAUGACACAGAUCUGGAAGCCUGUGGUAUUGAUGCGUCUAAAGCAUCAGUGUAUUCAGGCAUAUGUUCCCAGAUCUUUAAGGAGGAAAAAGGGAUCAUUCUUGGUACCACUUUCUGCUUUGUUCAUUUGAGCAUUCAAGAGUUUAUUGCAGCCCUUUAUGCACAUCUGUUUCUAGACAUCAAGAACAAAAAUGUGUUUAAUCAUCAUGAAUCUACAGAACAGGAAAACAAAAAUGAAACCAUGAUUGAUUUGCUCAAGACUGCAGUGGACAAGGCACUCGCGAUUGAAACUGGACACCUGGACCUUUUCCUUCGCUUUCUUCUUGGUCUGUCACUCCAGACCAAUCGUCCUCUCUUACGAGGUCUGUUAACACAGCAAGACAGCAAUGAUGAGAACUACAAGAAAAUAGUUCAGUACAUCAAGGAGAAAUUAGAAGAUAAGAAGAUGUCUCCAGAGAGAUCCAUCAAUCUGUUCUACUGUCUGAAUGAACUGAAUGAUCAAACUCUGGUGAAACAGAUUCAGACUCAACUUAAAGAAGGAAGUCUCUCAUCUGCUGAUCUUUCACCUGCCCAGUGGUCUGCUGUGGCCUUCGUUUUGUUGACAUCAAAGGAAGAGCAGGAGGAGUUUGAGCUUCAGAAGUUCAGUAAAUCAGAUGAGUGUCUCUUUAGGCUACUGGAAGUUGUGAAAAUCUCCAAAAGAGCUCUGCUAAAUGAUUGUGACUUAACAGAUGAGAGCUGUUCAAAUUUGGCUAAAGCUCUCACAUCAGAUAACAAUCUGAUAGAGCUGAAUAUGAGCAAUAAUAAUCUACAGGAUUCAGGAGUAAAGCAGCUCUGCACUGGACUGGAGGAUUUUACGUGUAAAUUGGAGAUACUGAAGCUCAGUAAAUGUGAUCUAACAGAGGAAAGCUGUUCAGCUCUUGCUUCAGUUCUCAGUUCAGACUCCAGUAGUUUGAAGGAACUUGAUCUGAGCAAUAAUAAUCUGAAGGAUUCAGGAGUGAAUCUGCUCUCUGAUGGACUGAAAGAGAACUGUGAACUGGAGAAACUCAGACUCUCAGACUGCAGUAUCACUGAAGAAGGUUAUAAAUGUUUGGCUUCUUGCCUUGCUGAGAAACCUCAUGUUCAAACCCUUCACACCUGA